GUGAUGUUUCACAGUCAGUGGACCCUUGUAGCCCCAAGUAUCCUCGAGAGGUAUUCUCAAAAUUUUUGAUGUCUUUGUAGGUUGAAUUUGAUUAAAUUCAAGCCGACUAUGCACCAGUGCUAAUAUGCCAUUAGAAUGGAUUUUGCUGAACAGUGUGACAGGCGGAUUCAUCCCCAAGCAAAGGCUUCUCGGAUUACGAGGAUAUUCUUUAUGUACACCAUAGGAUUAUUUCGCAACACUUACAGAAGAAAUAAAAUUUCUCAUGAAGAUAUUUUUGAAGUACUGCCGGGUCAUAGCUCGCAAAAAUUGGGAAAUAUGAUAGAAAGCAGAUUUAAAGAAGAUCUAGACCGCUUGGGUACAAUUUCUGUGUAUAGAUUAUUGUGGAAGUGCUUUGGGAAGGAGUAUGCUUUGACAGGAGUGCUCCAGUUGCUCAUGAGGACACUGGUUGUGAUAUAAGACUGUAUGAGAAGCAGUAAAGGAUCUGACAAGCCAGCAGAUUCAAGUUUAGCUAAUAACAAGUAAUGAUGAAUUUGCUCCAAGAUCUUUUGAAUGUCAGUGUAUAUGACAUCCAAUUGGCGCUGAUCAUCCAAAACUGUAGACAUUUCUUGCGUUAAACAAGUCAAGUUUGUGACUGUGCCUCCCAGACAUAAGCCCAUGCUGAUUGUCAGAAAUAGAUCCUCUCACAGAGCCAUACAAGACAUCGUAUAUUAGGAUCUCAAACAUUUUGCUAAAGAUGGUGGAAUGUACAAGGUAAAAAUAACAAGAAUAGAGCUAUGAAAAACGAUUUUAACUGCAACAGUGUCAAUUCGAGGGAAAGCUUCAUCGGAUCCUGGAAUUUUGAGCUCCUAAAACAUCUUUCGUUUAAUUUGAAGCACCUGAAUUUGACUGAAUUGUGGAAAGAGGAUGAACAAGGUAACGAUACCAUGGACGAUAUCACAGUUGAUCAAUUACUUCCAGCCAAACCAAACUCAUCUAACGGACUGCGAUGCAUACUAUUUAGCGGCCUUACUUAUAUUCCUCAAUCUACUAAACAUCACCUACUUGCACAACUAUUUGUUGCAUCUGACUUCAAUGGGUAUCAGGAUACGCACAGCUUUCUGCGCUCUGAUCUACAGAAAGUGCUUGAGGUUGAGCCCUGAGUCACUGACCACGAUCACUACUGGAAACAUAGUGACUUUGAUGACGAAAGAUGUCGCUGCGUUCGAGACGAUGAUCAUGUAUGCGAAUGACGUUUGGAUUGGGUGCGUCCAAACGGUUGUGAUAUUUUAUUUGCUUUAUCGGAGAGUUGGAGUAGCAGCUUUUGUUGGAGUUGGACUGUUCUUGAUUAUGAUACCGAUUCAGAUUUACAUUGGCAAAGUUGUAUCCAAGUUACGUGUGGAAUCGGCAAAGAAUACUGACAAAAGACUACAAACUAUACGAGAUGCUGUUUCUUCAAUAAAAAUUAUAAAAAUGUAUAAUUGGGAGUCCAUAUUUGAAGAUAGGAUUUCACGUAAUAGGAGGAUCGAGAUAAACAGCCUAGUGAAGAUAUUCAUAAGAAAGGUAAUGAUCCUUCUCCUGGGCGCCUUGACCUCAAAACUAGCCUUCUUUGCCAUGGUAAUGAUGUACGUCUGGCUAGGCAACCCUAUUUCAGCAGAGCUGGUUUACUUUAUCCUCACUCUGCUGCAAAGAGUGAGACACGCUUUCAACGUGGUGAUUCCUAUGGGUAUCACUGAGUCCGCAGAGUUGUAUGCUUCAGCUAAGAGGAUAGAGGCUUUGCUCAAAACGGAGAGUGUUACGAAGAAUGCCGAUGAAAAAACUGUUUUGAAGGAUAAUAUGUUAGGCUUCUUCAGUAUUGCUACAAGCUACUGUGGAUCCGGGUCACUAGCUAGUUCAGGAGUAAAUAAGGACAGGAAAAUACAUAAGAAAUACUGGUUUGCAUUUUGAUAAACGAAAAUGCUAAAGUAAACGUAAGAAAUACCACAGUAGAAAUACGGGGUCACACAGUUCUGAAAGGAAUCUCCUUCGAAGUAAACAAUGGGCUGACAAUUAUCUCAGGUCCAAUAGGCUCUGGCAAAACCACACUCCUAAGACUUCUGUUGAAUGACAUAAGUUGCAAGGAGGGCUCCGUGCUUGUAAAUGGCCGGGUAUCUUACGCUCCUCAGGAACCAUGGGUUUUUCCUUCUACUUUGAAACAAAACAUACUUUUGGGCGAGAAGUUUGAUAGAAACAGGUACGAGGAGGUAUUGAAAGUGUGCGCUCUUACUCUUGAUAGAGACAGACUUCCAGGAGGUAAGUAGAAGGCUUCUCGAUUUUCAUACUUUAGUCAUCAUGGAGGUCCAAGGCUAUUUGAUAAUGUGUCGCUUUAGUGAUAAUGUAAGUUAUGGUAUCCUGAUGUCAUUACCUUAAAGCAUUAACACCAUCGAAGUCACUAC